AUGUGGCAUGAAGCCCGUCGGCAGGAGAAAAUCCUGCGCUCAACGAUGAUCGAUCAAUCGAAACGAGCUGAGCGAAAACGACGGUAUUUUGAGAAUGUGAGAAAAGAUCCCGAACAAUUCAUGCAAAUUCACGGACGAAAAGCACAAGUUCAUGCUGACCUGGGAAUUGCUCGCGCCGCAGAAGACACAAAUAUUUUACGUCCGUGGCAAGGAGAUCCGAAAAUUACGAUUGAUCGGUUCGAUGUCCGUUCACAUCUUUCGAGAAUGGAUUUAAUGGAUGACGAUGAUGAUGUAGUUCGAAAAAAGAAACAAGACGUAGUUGACGACAAAGAAACAAUUGUAACAGAUUUUGAACGAUACCGUGUCUUGAUAAUCAACGACUACAAAGGUGUUUCGGAGAAAAGUUAUCUCAAGAAAAUUUCGGAUCGUGAGUUUUGGCAUGCCGAGAAGGAGCAUUCGAAGAAGAUGGAAGCCGAGAAAAAGAAGAAAUCAGCGGAGAAAAAAUCAACGAUUGGAUUCAGCUACGAAGAUUCUGAAGUCGUGAAAGGUGGAAAAGGAGGCAAAGAACCAUCAGAUGAAGAAAGUGAAGAGGAAAUGGACAAUAUGCAAGAUUUAGACGUUGACCUGGACACUGCUGCUCUUAACCCGGAGACUCAACGGAUUGUGAAUAAAAGUGGAGAGGAGUUUGGAGUCAGACGCGGUCUUUUCUGUGCUCUUCUGAAAGCAGAUCAGCAAGCGUUACGAGACGCUGCUCAAUUGAAACAAAUAGAUCGGCAAAAGGCUCAGCUCUCUGGACGAGAGUCAAAACAUGAACGAAUGCUUCUUCGUCAACAACGCCAAGCAAUUGUUGGAAAGAAGGGAAUGGUUAUCUCUGAAAACGGCGCCACGGCCACUCUCCUGGGAUUCAUCAAUCAGAGUCAGAAGAAAUCAAAAAUCGAUGAAAUGAUAGAAGACAUGGAUGGAAGUGAUGACGGUGAUGACCGACGCGUCAAAGCAGAAUUCAUCACGACUUUUGGCGGCGGAGGGGAUAAAGACAGUGAUGAUGAAGUAAAGAAAGCAGCUGUUGGACCUGAGUUACCUUCCGAAGAGUAUCGAAAGAUUCUGAAGUUGUCCCAAAGCCGCCGGAAAGAUGACGAUGACAAAGUGGAUUGGGGUGGUUUGAAGGUGAAUGGAAGCUCUGGAACGGCUAGAAAAUCACGGAGUGUAUCAAGAAGUCGUUCAAGAACUAGAUCCCCUCCAAGAAAGCGAAGAUCCAGAUCGCGCUCAAGAGAUCGCUAUAGACGUCGAAGAAGUGGAUCAAAAAAAAGAAGUCGUUCAAGAGAUCGAUAUAGGAGCCGUUCGCGUGACCGCCGAAGAAGUCGUUCGAGGGACAGGAGACGUAGCCGGUCAAAAGAUAGAAAACGAGACUCAUCUAGAAGACGAUACAAAAGCCGAAGCACAAGUAGACGACGUCACAGUAGCAGGAGUAACAGUAGGAAACGUCAACGAGAUGAUCGACGACGCGAUCGUUCUAGAGAAGAUAGAAGAAAACGUUCGAGAAGUAAAGAAAGAAAAGAAGAGCAAAAGGCAGUGGUCCCUGAACGUGUUCCUGAACCGAAGCCACUAGUUAAAAUUGAUCAACCAAGAGAAAGUAGUGGUGAUGAAAGCGGAUCGGACAAUGUUAAAAUGUUGGAAAUAAGAUCGAGUAUGUCAGAUUCGGAGAAGGAGAAAAUAGAAAUCGAGAAUCGAAAACGUCGUGUGAAAUUGACAAAGAAGUUGGUGAAGGAAAAAAGAGGUCAACCAUCAGUGCCGAAUGAUCGUAGUAGCGAUGAGGAAGACGAAGAAGAGCAACGUCGAGCUGAGCAAGCGAAGCGAGUCAGAAUGCAAAUGAGUCAGGCACUGAAGAAAACUAGACAGGAUUUGGAAAAGGAGGAGAAGGAUCGUAGAAGAGAAGCUGAGAUUGCUCAGAAGGUCCGCGAAGAACUUCGCUACAUUGAAACACAAGAACGUCGUGAAAGAGAACGAGCUAGGCAGAAGCACAAUGAAUCCGAUAUUCCAUUGUCUCCUUCGAGUUCGCCCUAA